GGUCGGUGCUAUUAUAGUAACUAAGAAGUCACGUUCUUGUAGAUUAGUCAAAAUUUUUAUUCUAGAGCGCAUGACAGUGAACGCAAUGAGCAAAUUAUUUUAAAAUCACAUUGACAAUAGCAUCAUGUCUGCUAGGCAAAAAGACAAAGUUUCCACCAGCCAUAAGAUGGCAGCACCAUCCCAGAGUACAGCUUUUGAGGUGAAGAAUACUAAGGAAAAAACCAAACUGAAGAAAAAGAUUGCCACAAUAUUUCAACAAGACAUGCAAAGGUUAUUUAACAAUGCUGAAUUCUCAGACAUUGUUGUGCGUAUUGGUGGUGAAGUUAUUCAUAUUCACAGUACAAUACUGAUGGCAAGGCUGCCAGACCUGUGCUGCUAUCUGGUCAAAGUAAAGAAUGAGAAUGAUACAGUAGACUGGACAGGACUGUCAUCCCAGCAAGCUGAAAUGGCAAGAAAACUAUUGAGAGAGCUCUACUUUCAAAACAACUUAUCAGUAGCAAGAGGACUGUGGAACAAAUUACAGAAAAGUCUCUGUGCAUCUACAGAUAGAGCUCAAACCAAAGACAUCAAUGAGAACAACAAGCUCACGGUGAAUACUACCACUGCUCAAUCAGAACUGAAAGAUCUGAAUGAAUCUGUUGUGAACAAUGAAAAAAAUCAGCAGUCAACACAAGUUCUGAUAUCUGCUGAGAAUAGAGAAGAUGAAAAUGUACCUAAUGGAGAUGCUGUCUCAAGUAAUGAAGAUGCCAGUGUGCUUAGGAUGCCUGAUAAUACUCAGGGUUCACUUCAAAGCACUGAAGACCCACCUGUUGCAAUUACAGUAUCAGGUUCACCACAAGAAAAUACACGUAUCAGGGACGAUAGCAUAUCUGUCUCAGAACAAGCCACCAGUCAAGAGACUUUCUCCGUCUCUGUGGACACUUGUUCACGUAUACGUUAUGAACCCUGUGAUGACAUUGCCAAAGAUUUGAUAGAACUGUAUCUGUCUGGAGAAAAUGGUGAUGUGAUACUCAAAGUGGGUGAGGUGACGUUUAAAUGCCAUAGAUGUAUCUUGGCUUUGCGGUGCAGUUAUUUUGAGGCCAUGUUGGGGGGAGGCUGGGCUGAGAGUCAGGCGGGAGAGAUCAAAUUGGAGAGACUUAAUCCUGCUGCAUUGCACCAGCUACUGCUCUACAUCUAUGGCGGCUGCGUGAAUCUCGAUGGGACAGACUGUAGCAUUCUGGACAUGGUGAUGGCAGGAGACAUGUAUGAUGUACCUGGAUUCAAAGAUGCAGUAGAAUUUCUCAUAAGAAGAGAUUAUUGCCAUCAUUUUCAUAAGCCUUGCCCUCAGUGUCUAUGUGGAGUGGUAGAGGUGCUCCCUGUAGCAGACACCUUCCAUCUGUCUACUUUGAAAGAUGAAGCCUUGAAGUGGACUGCACAACACUUCACCAGAGUCUGGCAGGAGAAAACGUUCACCGACCUCCCUCAGGAGAUCAUUGACAAGUGUUAUCAGGCUCUGGUGGAUAGUUUGAGAGUGGACAGUGUGGUCAGCACAGUCCUAGAAUGCCACAGUUUGAUUGGAAGCUUGGCCAGGGUAAAAAGAACAGAAUACCUACACCAGCUUAUAGAUCAUGUUAUUGAUAAAUGCACAGAAUAUCUAUCAAAGCACUUUGAACGUGUCCUACAGUGUGUUGUUGGGAACACAGGUCCAGGAGCCGAAAUCAAGUCUCGCACCAUGGGAUUUGACCUGAUCAAUGAUCUCUUUGAUGAAGCCAUAAAACGGAUAUCUCCCAAAGCCAUCAGCCCUCUGUAUAAAACUGUGUGUGACAUAAAUGCCAAAGCUAAACUAGAAGGUUGUUUUUGGACACAGGAUUUUAAGAACCUGCUGUUGUGUCUGGAGGAGAAAUGUUUACAGUGUUUGGCUAAGGUUGGACAUUUGGUGGUAAACACAAGGAAGUGGAAUCAACUGGACCCAGAGCAGAAGGAGAAAGUAGCAGAAACUGGUGCCUUAAAGUUUAUCUGUAUAGCUCAUGAUAAAGUGACUGCAAAACGGCCAGUGCUCACCAGCUCUCUAAUGACUCGCCAACAAAAGACAAGUAUUUCAGCAUCUAAAGGACCUGAAAACUCAAAAAAUGGGCUACAACCAGGUAAAGGAGCUAGGCCAAAGUCUUCAGUGGCAGUGGCUGAAGCUGGGGUAAAUUCUAGCAGCACAGGAGCUCGGCGGAAAACUGCAUCUACUUUCACAGGAAAGAGACAGGAUUCUGAACCGAGAAAUACCAAAGAUAAAACAAAAAGAGAAACAAAAAGCACCAAAGUAAAGCCCACAGAUUCUUCCACAGUUAGUGUGACAAAAUCGAUCUUUAAUGUGCAGUCCCCAAGAGGGUUAGAGGCUGGACAGGAUACAGCUAUUGGUCUGAGGAUGACCCCUGUCCACAGUGAUGAAGUAGUGUUUGAAAGUGAGCUCGAGGAAGAAAACUUUGAAAUUCACUGUUGUGAUGUGAGCUGCAAUGGGUUUUGUGUUUCUUAUGGUGGUGCUGUUGAUUCUAUAUCUGGUAUCGCAUUUGAAUCUGAUUUUUUGAUCCCAAUAUUCUCUUUGACUUAUCAAGAAAGUAUAAGGGAUGCAGAUCUCUGAAAUUUUCUUUGAAUUUUUCAAGUUGUUAUAAGAUGUAUGGUGCUUUUGAUGGAUGAGUUUUGCUGCAGGAAUUACUAAAGAAAUUAAAGUAUCCCCCCCCCCAAAAAAAAAAAAAAAGAAACAUAUAUACCAAAUUGACAUAUCACAUUGAAUGGGAUUUCAUUUUUGAAAGGAUAUUUUUUAAUUAAUUUUAUUGGCACAUUAAUCCUUAUGAAUUGAAUUUAAAAACUUACAGCAAAGUAGCAAAAGGCAUUUUCUAAAUUAUGUGUUUAUUGUUUUUUAGUUUUUUUUCUAGAACUUUGUUGUGUAUUUUCAAAUGACUUGAUGUACAAUAACUAAAUGGACUAUUGUCUACUCACAAUUUUGUCAGUUGACUGUGCUAAUGAAACGUUAAAACAAAACUAAGCUUGCUAAGUGUACAGGUUUGUGUCAGUUUCACUGACAAAUAACAAAAACCUGAUCUGUUUUUGGUAUAUAGUUUGAUUUUCUACUGUUAGUGUACCAUGUGCUAUCUAAGAUAAUUCAAUUUUUUAUUUUAUUAUAUUAAUAUAUUUGAUUCUUUCACAGUUUUACAAAAAGACCAUUACCCAACAUAUUUACAGUGAUACAAAGUGAUAUAUGAUGAAUUUUAAUGAAAAAUAGUUCUACACAACAGACUUGAGUUAAUAUAAUAGCAAACUUAUGUAGUAUAUUAUUAUUCUAUGGAUGAACAUUCUAAUUUAUAUGAUAAUAGGACAUUUAAUUAUUUCCUGCAGACAUUUUCUGUGGGUUAGUAUCGUGAUAAGAAAGGGAUGAUUCCAUGUAUAACAUUUCAUCAAUUAUUUUUUUGUUGUUUUACAAGGUUUUCUCAGAUUUAUAUUUGAAAGGUUUUUUAAUUUUACUUUUUACAGCACAGCUCAUGCUUACUUUAAUUAAACUACCUCAUUGUACCUACUUAAAGUAUGUUUUGCUGCAUAGUUAAUGUAAGUAAAUGGCUGCAUUCCAGCGAAACUAC